AUACAAGCACCUUCUACAACAACGUUGUCUGCCGGCGCAGCACAUGCCGCUCGGCUCGCGGGGAGGACAUCUGUACCCGAACUGUGCCGGCAGCUCUGCACAUGCUCCGUGCGCCGCAGCGAAAGCCCAUUCACCCGCCGAGGCUUGUUUGUCUACGGGCAGCACUCUGCUGCUGCUGCUGGAUGAUCCGCAGCAUCUUUCAGAGCUGCUCAAAGGCAAUCUGAUUCUCCGAAGCUAAGACGUUUUUCACCAGCUCCGCUAGGCUUCCAGAGACGUCAUUUUAAGAGGGACCAUAACAAACAAAAUAUACCAUUCCCACUGUGCCAGUGACAGUGACCUUGCCUUGACAACAACCUGCAGCCGUAAAGCGAGUUUAAUUCUCUGACAAGAAGAUUGGCGACAGCUAUCAUUGAAUAUAUUGUUUACUGUAAUAUAUGGCAUUCUUCCCUGGAAACCCUGGAAAUGGUAUUUGUCUGGUCUGCUUGUAAAUAAUGAGAUAGACUACAAUGGAUUUCAGUUCCUCAUCAGUGUUUGAUCAGCACAAAGGUGAUGCAGCAGAAGAGAUUGACUUAACCGUGGUUUACCAAGCAGCAGCUAACGGCGAUGUGAACACCCUGACUGCAGUGAUUCGAGAAGAUCCUUCCAUCCUGGAAUGCUGUGACAGCGAGGGUUGCACACCUUUGAUGCAUGCUGUGUCAGGACGCCAGGUCGAUACAGUGAAGCUUCUAUUGAAGAUGGGAGCAAAUAUUAAUACUCAAGAUGCUUGUGGACGUACCAGUUUAUCUCUGGCAACGUAUCUGGGCUGGCUGGAAGGCUGUGUCAGCCUGCUCAGAAAUGGUGCUAAACAGAACAUACCUGACAAAAAUGGAAGGUUGCCACUACAUGCUGCUACCGCAGAGCCUGAUGUGAGGCUUCUGAAUGUGCUUCUGCAGCAGUCAAAUCUUAGUGAAAUUAAUCACCAGGACAAUGAGGGCAUGACUUCACUUCACUGGGCUGCUUUCCACAACAGGCCCCAGCACACACAGACCCUGCUGCAGAGGGGAGCAGACCUGACUCUGGUGGACAAGGACUUCAAAACAGCCCUGCACUGGGCUGUACAGAGUGGCAACAGGAUUCUGUGCGCCAUCAUUCUGGACCACUACCAAGGCCCAUCGAUAAUAAACUAUGAUGAUGAGAAUGGCAAAACAUGUAUGCACAUUGCUGCUGCUGCAGGUUACAGUGAUAUUAUCAGUGAGCUGGCUAAAGUCCCGGAGUGCAACCUGCAGGCCCUUGAUGUGGAUGACAGGACACCUUUGCACUGGGCUGCAGCAGCAGGGAAAGCUGACUGUGUGGAGACACUGCUAGAGCUGGGCAUGGACAGCAGCCCUCGGGACAUCAAUGAAAACACUCCUCUCACAUAUGCAAUGUACUGUGGGCACACAGCAUGCAUCAAGCUGUUGUCUCAAGAGAGCAGAUCUGAGCCAGUUUACCAGUUUCCCCCUCAGAACAACAGACUCCUAAAGAAAGAAGGAAGAUUCAGUAUGCUGAACCACAUCUUCUCCUACAAAAAGAAGAAAGAGGAUCAGAAAACCAAUCAGAAAGACAGAAACAGAGACCGAUAUCCCGGAGAGGAGACCUCAGAAGUAGAUGACAUCAUCACCACUUUUGAUUGCAUUAUGGACACAAACUGCAAAGACAUUCCAGAUGAGUGUAUGACUACUGCUGACUUUAAAAGAAGGAGCACAGACACAAAAAAGUACCUCAUAUCCGAAAAGAAGCAACCAGAGUGUAAUGGACUUCUGCCCAUUAGAACGCAGAGUCUCCCCCCAGUCACCAUGGGCAAUUCUUUCCUAACUGCUUCCCAGAGCACAACUUCAGGUUUCUCCUCCACGACCACCAGCACCCACCAUUUUGCACACAGGUCUCAAAAGAGUAGGAGCGAACACAAUUUGCUAGACCACCGAAGCAGCUGCCAAACUUUGCUGAAUGACCCCUGGAACACAGAUUCUAACCAAAUACUCUCCUACAAAGUCUGUACUAGAACUCCUUCAGACAAACUGAUAAAUGCCUUAAGCUCUGACAGAUCCCACCACUUGCUUUUGUGCCCUCCUCGCCUUCCCUCACUUCCCAGUUCUCCAUCAGGUAAAAAUUUUCAACAGAUGUCCUUAGACCAACCCAAAAUAAAAGUUCUUACUCCUGUACGGAACAGCCUAGCUCCGAUACACAACCACUGUGCUCAGAAAAUUCAGCUACCAUCUAAUCAAGUUCCUCAGGGCGUUAAGAAGUCUAAGUCCCUGCCUUUAAAUACCUUAAGGACUGGGGCAGUUAUUCUCCCACCAGCCCAAACCUCCAGAUCCCAGAGAAGAGGAUUUUCUCAGAGUCAGGCACUACAUUCUUUCUUGCCUGGUUUAUCAGGACAACCUCUGAAACCAAGUCGAGUCCUACCUGCUAUCCCAAGCCAGAAGAAAUCUAACCCUGCAGCAGAAGACCUUGAGAAAUCCCUCACCAAACCAGACACUGAAUAUUAACUCAUUACGCUGGCCCCAGGCACAUCAGUUGAAAUAUAUCUAGGAGCUUCUUACAAGAUAACUAUAAAGUAAAAUCUUAUUAAUUUGCACUAAUGAUGCUCUUGUGAACUGAGCUGUAAAUGAACAAACAAAAAAGAAAUGGUAUUACAUCACAAAAGCUACACUGUGUAUUUAUGUAAGCAUUUUCAUUAUAGUUUUAAUUUAUGAUGGAAUAAAUGAAUCAUUAUGUAAUGUGCUGUAAAUCUAUUUUGUGAGUGGAAUCCUCAUAACAUGCAGUCUUGCUGCAGCACUGUGUUAAAACCUUUGACAGAAAACAGGAAGAGAGAGUUAGAUUCUCUAUAUGAUUGACAAGUCUGAACUAGACAAGCACAAAUUGAUGGGGUGUUCUGUAGUUUGUAAAUGCAAAGGUGCUGAUUCUGAAAGCUGUGUGCCAUUGAAAAUAAGUUUUUAAGAUUAAAAUGAUAUGCUCUAAAUAAAAGGAAGU